AUGCAAUCACUUCCCAUCAACCUGAACUCCGGCGAGCUUCCCAUACCGGCCGCACCAGCAGUGAAAAAAUUCGUUCGAAGGGUUAUUUCGGAGACACUAGCUAUUCCAGGCCUUAGCGUUUCAUGCAGAACCAUUCUCCAGUCCCACGAUUUGGCAGACAUCACGAACGCCGAACAUCCAUUGCUGAAUCUGCCUCGUGUUUCUCCUCUCUUUACCUCCGCACUGGUUUCGGGGAUCACGCUUUUUUAUCUAGAGGCUCUCACACGGGGCGACACACGCCAACGUUCUUUGCCUCCUCCUGUCCUACUGGAAUUAUUACUGGUGUGGCUGCGAACUGCCCGCUUACGAAAUUCCAGAUCCGAUUGGACCUCUGUGGACUGGGAGUUGCUGCUGUCUAAGACGUCACCUCGAUUCCUAGAACCUCCCUUGGCAACCGCAUCACGGACCGAAAAUACCAACUUCUCCCUCAGUACUGCUGAUGCAUGGCCUCCAGCCCGCGGUUUGUGUUGGUGGACUAUUGCGAUGGCAAAACAAGCAAACCAGCUUAGACGUGACGACUUUGAAGUGUCGCCAAAGGAUACAAUCAACAGACUCUUCUCUGAGCUUCAUUGUGAAUUUCUGGAGUGUUUUUCCUUUCCACCGCCACGCGGAAAAUUCUCCCGUGGUGGAGGCUCUGGUGCUUUCGACUUCUUCCCUGUCCCAUGGCAUCUCCAGCUCUCGGCGGAUCUACUACCCCUAACCAACUAUCUCAGCGACAUCACUGUCACCUGCGAAGAGCUUGGAGAAGGCCGUCCUACGCACAGGUUGGCAGUUCUGCGAUUUGCUGAGUUGGUUUAUAUUGCCUGGAUGAACGAUCGCCUGACAAACUGUGAUGCUGACGAGGUCAGGAGCCUGUUGAAACCAUUCGCCUCAGAAAAAGCCGUCAAGCUUAUCUGCAGCGGUCUUCAGUGA